GAAAUAGGACGACGGACCUGAAACACGCGGUUAUGGCAUCAACCAAACACAAACAUACAAACAUUGGGUUAACAUGCAAGUUGUCAAGAAGGAAAAGGGCCAAUGCUCGUAAACCUGUUACCAAUACCAGCUUUCAGUCUGAUGCAGAAGAAAGUUUGUUGGAAAAUGAUGAAAAGAGAACAACAGUCUUCAGGAGAAUUUCAAAAAAUGACAAUACAAAGAAAGGUUCCAGUGAAAAUGACAUUCUUACUGUGAAUGCAGCACCUUAUAAUCCCUACAUUGAGCAGAGUGAAGCCUCUGAUUACAGUAGACGUGUAAUUAUGUGUCCGUUUAACUGUGUAUGCUGUAUAAAUUAUCAGUUGGGAAAAUCUUGUGCCUGCUAUGCCCAACAUGAAUCAGUGGCAGUUCAGACUAGUGAACUAGAUUUUCUUCGAAUGAAGUCAGAAACCAUUGAAUAUUUUACAAGGGGAUCAUUAGCUCAUUCUGUGAUGCAGAAAUACAUCAUCAAUACUAUUGAACAAUAUGACCUCAAAAGUAAGAAAGAUCUGUUAUUUGGAAGGGCAGUUAUUGAUGUGGUAAACAGUUUCCCAGACUUAGACAGCUCAAGUGAUACCAAAAAUCAAGUCAGCAAUCGUAUGGCAAAAGCAAUUCGUUGGAAAAAGUUUUCCUUGAAAAGGAAACAAAAAACUGCUAGUAAUUCAAUAAUCAAUGAAGAAGAAUCUCAAGCAACAAGGAAACAAAGAUCUACUGACAAGACUAUAAUUAAGAAAGAACUAGAAUCACAAGGAAAAAGAACAAGUACCCAAUCAGUGUCAAAUGGAUCCUUGCCCAAAAGAUGUGUUAUAUCUUCUUCCAAUAAGAAGAAAAACAAAGCUAAACAUUCUAAAGUUAAAAGACCAAGGAGAGGGGUUACUAAGUGAAGCUUGACUUAUAAUGUCAAAUUUUUAAAUGUGGAAAUAAAGAAUAUCCUAUACUGCUAGAAAACAUUGUGAUAUACUGAUCUGAAGCCAUGUUUCAUUAAAAAGUAACAAUUACCAGUACUUUAUAAUCCCUCUUGGCUAUGUUUUCCAUUUGAGAUAUUGCUAUACAUGUAUCAGUUGACAUUCCUGCUGUUGUCCCAUCAUUUUGCAUGAUUUAAAGAAUUUUAUUCUCUUAUUUCUCUGUCAUGGCUAUUGAAUAAAAAAUGAAUAUGGAAGAAAAGGAAAUUUCAUUUCAUUUCUUUCAUGGUUGUAUGUCUAUUUGAGGUCUAAUACCACCAAAUUAUAGUACGUCACACCCGGUUUCAUACAAAAAAGGGUAGAAAAAAAAUAUUUCCUUGAAUUUGACAGUUAUAGGAAAUAAACCCUGCAUUUUAUUGCAAAAAAAAAAUUCUGAGUCAUAGACAUAUAUGUUAGGUGCUUCAAAACCAUUCUUUCUAUAUUUGGUGUUCUUAUAAAAUAUUUUGGAAACUUAAGGUGACAUGGUUACUAAAGCUAAAAAGGAGAGAAAAUUUGAUUGGUUUACUUCUGUUGAUGGUUAUUAUCUUAUAUGGAAUGAAAUGUUAUGUGAAAAUUUUACUGUAGUACUGGACAGGAUAAAACUUUACUAAUGCCAAGUAUUUCUUUAUUUGAAACAAAGAUAAAUUCUGCACAUUUUUUUUGGGGGGAAAAAUUGUGGUACUACUCCUUAAUGUAUGCAAAUUACUUAAAGAACGUAUGAAUAAAAGGAGAUGUGGGGCAUACGUCAAUGAGACAGCAACCCAAUGACAAAAAUAACCAAAAGACAUCUAGAAGGCAACUCCCAGUAUUCAACAAUACAAAGGUGUUUAUACAAUAUGUCAAGGUCUAUCCUAAGCCUAUAAAAUUCGUGAAUAAAUUAAAUAGAAACGACCAAAGAUCUGUUAUUAGCACCAAAAUCUCCAAAUAGCAAAACACAUUAUGAUAUGACAACCACUGACAAGGUCCUGGACUAGGGACGGGACAUGUUGGUUUUGGGGGGAUUUUAGAAGUUCUUUCCUAUCCUCCCAUAUCCAUUUUUAUGGAACAACCCCUAAGCAGAUUAGGACCAAACAUUUCCUAAUUAUAUUGAUUGUACAAAAAUGUAUUUAUUUUUGAUAAUUGCAUUUGUUCUCAUAUGCUGGCCAAGUGACAAAUAUUGCUGCAGUAACUGUAGAUAAAAACAUUAAAGUAAGAAAGGUGUUUGGAGAUUACUUGUAAAAUGUAUGCCACUUGACCGGUUUUUUGACUAAAUGGAGCUUUUAGACUUUAUUCCAUGAAAAGAAGGUUUCUCAUUCCAUUUUUACUUCUCUUUGUAGAUACUUGGGUGUUUUUUUGUUAUUGUAUAAUAAUUACCCGGUUGUUACAUAUUUUGAGUUUCAUUUCAGUUAUCCUACUUCAAACAAAAUUAUGAACUUUUUAACAAAGAUUUUUUUAUGAAAAGUUAGUUUUCUAUGUAAUUGGUGUCUAUUGAAUGGUGUAACAGAAUUGGCAAUAUAACUGUCAUAGUUGUUGUUCAGUUUGUAAGGAAAUUAAUGUGUUCGAAAUUCUGAAUAUUUGUUAAAUUGAAUAUGUAACUGAUUUGUUAUUAAUUUUAUGUUUAUUGAAUGUGUAACUGACUUGAUAUUAUUUUUAUGUGAAUGAUAGCAGUAGGAAAUCUAAUUCUUUUUAUAAGGAUGAUCUUGUGUAGUAUAUGUGUUAGAUUCUUUAAAUAAACAGUCUAUGCUUGU